GUCAGGUGUUCUGUUUGUACACUCCUUCAAUCAGUUUUUGUUUACAAAAAGUUUGAUGGCUACACUUCUUUCAAUGAAAUUUUAUAAUUGAAAGGAUGUCAGUUCGUUUAUCGUUCGUUUAUUUAAACAGUUUUUAAAUCAAUGCAUUAAUUAUUAAAAGUUUUUUAAGUCUUAAUUAAUAAAUACUUUCAGAACUCAUUCUUAUUUUCAUUGAUAAGUGAUCUAUUUAGAAACUUUGAUCAAAUAUUUCUUAAACUAUUAACUUUUUCAUUUCUCUGCAUAAAAGAUGUCACAAGAGGAAGAAAGCAUUUCGUCAAUGGACUUUGAUUGGAAAAAUCCUUAUUCAGCCUCUAAGAUAAGCAGGGCUAUUCGAUCCGGAAGUUUCGACAUGGUGAAGAAAUUGGUGAGGAAGGGUUGUUCACUUGACAUGCCCGACAAUAGAGGCUGGACUCCCCUGCAUGAAGCUGCAGUGAGUAAUAACUACGUGGAUAUUGCUCAACUCCUUAUAUCAGCUGGAGCAUAUAUCGAUCACAAAACUGUCGAAGGGGAAACUCCUAUCUACAUUGCUUGCAAGCACGGCUGUGAAAUGAUCGCCAGAGUUUUGAUAGAAGCCGGUUGUAACAUCAACGCUCAGAAUAAUGAAUGCCUCACUCCUCUUCACAUCGCAUGUUCUCAAAAGAACGCAGCAGUGAUACAGUUGCUUUUGGAUAAUAAUGCUGAUAUAAAUGCUAAAGAUGAAGAAGAACGUUCGCCGAUAUACAUCGCCCUGGAAAAUGUAAAUACAUCCGCUAUUCACACACUCAUUCAGGCUGGUGCCGAUUUGAAAACGAAGGAUUUCUUCAGCAGGACACCUUUGCAAUAUGCCUGUAUGAUAGGAAACCUCGAAAUUUUUAACAUUUUAAUAGAACAUCUCGGCUGUGAAAAAUCCGUCAUAAAUCAGCAGACACCCGAAGGAUGGACACUACUCAUGGAAGCCUGCCAAUACAAACAUUAUCUCAUUGCCGAGAAGCUAAUUGAGUAUGGAAUCGAUACUACUUUAGUCGACAAUCGUGGUCUUCUCGCACUCCACAUAGCAGCGCAUUGCGAACGUUACAAUUUAAUCGAGCUUCUCCUCAAACAUACACCAAAAGAUGCUAUAGAAAAAUAUUCUACAUUCGGUGACAAUAUGACUCAUUAUCGUUCUCUUCCUUGCUUGAUUAUUGAUAAAAAUGUUUUCGAAGGUUUGGAACUUCUGUUCGAUUCUGGUCUUAGUGAGGCUGUCUUAAAAUGCCCUGCUAAGAUGGGCGAUCGUUUAGUAUCACCUAUUAGUUUCCUCCUCCUGCAUGCCAAUGCAAUCGACAAUGAAGAAAAGGUGAAAUUUUUAGAAUUUCUAUUGUCAUAUGACUUUUUGAUCGAUCCUGUUUACGAACAAGAAGAUGAAACUUCUCAAGAUGACAAUUCGAUUGUCGAAAUGGUCCUUAUGCUUUAUGCUCAUAGAAUAGUGAGCGUAAGCCCGAUCGAAGCUGCCGUUCAAAUGCACCGUCCUUUCCACGAAGAUUGCUAUUGUGAAAAGUUUCUCUCUAUGAUCCUCGCGAAAGGUGCUUCGCCUGAUAAAGUCACUAAAUCUACAUCCUCGAGCCAGCUCUAUCUGUUUCAAAAAGCUGCUCGCUACGGCUUCACCGAUGGGCUCCAUCUUCUCCUGAGGUAUUCCGAAUGUACCGAACCAGAUGAUGUUAUGGAGAUGUUUUUAAGAGAUAUAGCGGAACCUCGUCAUCUAUGGACUGAGCAGGAAAACGUUAUUACCAGGUUUCUUUUAAAAAAAUGCACGACCAACUUCAUGUCAACAGUAUCAAUGAUCAGGAACUCUCUUACUGAGCCUAUUAAGUCAGACGAUCGUACGAGAUACAAUGCCAUUUUGCCUAUUUAUAAGCUGGUCAUGUCCAACAUUCGAGUGGUCUCGUUGAAGAGAAUGUGCAGGUUCGCCAUCAGAAAAUGCAUCCGCGAACAGGCGCAAGCUUCUUCUCAACCUUUUCGAAAAUGCCUCUCCAAUAUUGACCUGCCUUCUUCGCUAUCUAGGUACCUUCUGUACGAAGUUGAUUUUUAAAAUGUAUAUAUAUAUCUAUAAGCAUUGUGUAAAUUAAAUAAUUUUUGUCUGUAACUAUCGUGUAUAUUUAUCAUAUUUACAUUUAAAUGUUUCCUUUAAAAUUUUAUAUUUUGUAUCGAUAUUUUCACAUCAUAAUAUCAUUUGUAAAUAUAAUAAUAAAAUUAUUGUUUGGAUAAACUUAUAGAUUAUUUUAUAUUAUGAAAAAUAUAUUGUUAGUUAUGGUUGUUGAAUAAAAUUUUAUCGAAC